UAAAUAUUAACAUAUUAUGUUAUAGAUAUUAAUAUGUAUUUAUAAUGUAUGUACUGUAUAAUUUGAAAGUCUAACACAUAUUUCAAUUGCUAUGUAAAUAUGUAGAGCCAUCUGCGCACGCUUGAAAUUGGCGCAUGGCAAAUAAUUCAGUGCAUUUAGGACAAGGUUUCUAAAUCAGCAUGGGUUGACGCAGUGCUCGAAAAUGCGCGGUGGAAGUUCAGAAAGGCUGGUCGUGCGAGCCUCUAGGCGAAGAGGCGAAACGCGUGCUAAACUAACGAGAUAUAUAACGAUAUCUUUGGCAGCUGUUCUCGGCGGUGGCAGCUCAGCUCUUCUUUUUCUGGUGCCACUUUACGCGGAUCCUGCCUUAAGUGCCCUGGCUGCAGAUUUCGAUCCGGUACCGGCAGAGUGCGUCACUGAACGAAGAGAUGACAGACUUGGCCUUGAUAAUUGCACCUGGGCAUCUUGUCGAGAAGGGUGCACCAGCGAUGCCUAUAAAUGCAUCCAGUUACAUGUAAAAUAUAAAGCGUAUGUUGAGGAUUGGCGCCCCGCAGUUCUAUAUGUCAAUAUCAAAGGAUGCGGAUACCCACCAACUGUGAAUUGCGAAAAUUUCACGUUGAACUACGGAUAUGUGGGUGCAAGAUACCCAUGCUUUUGGUCUCGGGCGGAUACAACAGUAGUAGUGCCAACAUGGUCAAGGGGAGAGCAGGUUGCGACGGUAACACGUACCCUGGCAUUACCUUUGUUUCUUUCUGGAUGUGCUGGUAUUGGUUUGUGCGCAUUACAUUGUGAAUGUAGACCACGGCGACGCCGACGGCCGCCUAGACGUCCCCCGCGCCUGCCGACUUUAUCAAUAGAUGAUACAACAGUUUAUAGGCUUGCUUAAGCCACAGUGGAAUUGCAUUUUAAUAGGUUUCAGUGGCGACUUUCUUGAAUCGCACAUUAUUGAACCUCAUGUCUUCAAGCACAUAUAGAAUUGAUUUUACGUGUGAAGUAUACCUAAUUGUGUUU